GGGCAUCGGGCACCCCGCGCGGACCAGCCACUACCACGCAGCCUCAGUUGUACCCCGACGCUCGAGGUGGACGUACGUGCGUGCUUGUUGGCUGUGUCUCCCGUGGCACGUCCAGGUUAUCCCAAGGGCGUGAAGGAACUCAGGAAUCAGGUGAACCGGGAUUUUGCUUCCUUGUCUAUCGCCCAAAUAAGAUCCCUUCGUCUGCCUCCCUCGCCACGUCCCCGUGCCCGAGCUAACUGGUGCCAGAGUGCCAUAAACACGGUGCCACAGUGCCAAGCGGAGUGCCACGCGAGAGGAGGAACAGGAAGAUAAAGAGGAAAGCAGGAGGAAGGAAGUUACAGUGUGAGCAAUAUACUGGAGAUAAUUUUUUUGCAUCUCAAGUGAAGGAUUAUUUUUUUUUUCCCUUGGCGUGAUGAGUUAGCGUGACAGUUUUUGGAAGGCGUGAAAAAGUGGAGUGUUUGAGUUACUUUAAGACGCUACUCCACCACCACUACCACCACAACUACCCCUAUUACCACUACUACUACUACUACUACGACUACCAUUACGAUUUGAACGACCACGAAGAGACCAAGGGAAAAAUACCACCACCAUCACCACCAUCACCUCUAGUCACUGUAUGUCAAGGUAAGAUAAAGAAAAGGAAAGGAAAGAGAUACAAAAAGACAAGGAAAGAAAGAGAGGGAGAGGCGCACGCACACAGCCCCACGCCCAGUAAGGGGCUGAGUAACGCAAGGGCAGCGGUGAUGGUGUCUUCCGGGUGAGUCACGAGUCCACUCAGCACCAUGACGUCACGAGCCAGCACCAGCAGCGCCAGCAGGAGGAGCGGCAGCAGCAGCGUCAGGAGCAGGAGGAUAGGGUGGUGGCGGCGCUGGUCCCUCCUCUCCCUGCUCCUCGCUGCCUCCCUGCUACACACCUGCUCCUGCUUAGCUAUCGAUUCCUACGAUGACGACGACGGUAGAGGAGGAGGAGGAGACGGCGAAGGAGUCGAAGAAGGAGGCGGCGGAGGAGGAGGCGAAGGCGGAACAAACCUUACAAACACCUCAGACAUCGGCUUUGAAUACGGAGAAGUCGGGGUGGAAGGAUUUGUGGAGGAUGACUUGUAUGACGGACUCGAAGAAAACGGAGUAGACGAAGACGAUGUAGCUGAAGAAGGCGCAGAAGGAGGGGCAGCAGAGGCGAGGUCGAUCCACUCUUCGCACCAGCAGAGGAAGGUCAUGCUUGGGGAUCGGUUCCGUCUCAAGUGCCGCCCCCAGAACGUCAUGAGGUCGCCGCCGCCCCAGGACUUCGAGGCGGUCUGGUUCUUCAAUAGCCAGCCUCUGCGCGACACCCAGCCCUCCCGCAUCAGGACCAUCGCCUCCAGCCGCGCCUGGCCCAAGCUGCGCGUGAAGGAGGCUCGGCUGGAGGACGCGGGCGUGUGGGCGUGUCGGUGGUCGGGCUCGGGGUCUCACCGCGGCUGGGUCAACUACACACUGCACGUCAUGGAGCCCGCGCCCACUCUGCCGCAGGCCCUCCACGCGGACAGCAAGGUGUUGGACGAGGACGAGCUCUCCUGCGUGCCCCCGGAGUUCAUCAAGACGCUCAACGGGCUCAUGAUCAAGCCGGCGGGGAAUGUGGCCGAACUCAAGUGCCAGGCGCGCGGCUCGCAGGUCAACAUCUCGUGGCUCAAGAACGGGGAGAAACCGGUGCGCCAGCUCGGGGACGUGAAGAUCAAGGGCGCGAUGCUGAAAAUGGAGAACCUGGUGCCCGCGGACUCCGGCAACUACACCUGUAUGGUCUUCAACGAGUGCGGCGGCGUCAACCACACCUACGCCCUCGAGGUCGUGGAGCACAUCCCCUCGAGGCCCAUCUUCACCAAGAGCCUCGAGAACACCACCGUCACGCAGGGCGGCGAGGUGGUGUUCCAGGUCGGCAUCUGGACCGAGAACACACUGAUGCCCUUUGUGGUGUGGCGUAAGGACCUGCCGUUCACCUGGUCCAGCGCCAAGGAGGAUACGAAGCCUGAGGUGUUGAUAGACCCAGAGACACUCGCGCUGGCUCUCAAGGGCAAGGAGGGGCGCAACAUCACCAGCUCCGAGGACCCCCAGGUGUUGGUGCUGAUGAACGUGACGGAGAAAGACGCCGGCUGGUACACCUGCAUUGCCGCCAACAGCCUCGGCACCUCCUUCUCCACUGCCUACCUGAGCGUGACUGAUGCUGAACCCAUCCUGCUGGACGCCGAGUACCACGCCAUCAUGGUGCUGACGGGGGUGCUGUUCGCGGUGCUGUUGAUUGGCGGCAUCGUGGCGUCGUUUGUCUGGAAGGGCUGGCAGAAGGAGAAGAGACGAGCCAGUGAGCUGGAGCGCGCCAAGGCCAUCACCCAGCACUGGAUCAAGAAGGUCAUUGUGGAGCACCAGAACUCUGAUGCUUCGCAGGAGCCCCUCCUUGUGCCCACCAUCAAGAUAGAGCACUGCCAGUCCAGGUCGCGCCUCGGCUCAGAGAUGACCAGCAUCUCUGAGUACGAGCUGCCCCUGGACGCUGACUGGGAGUUGCCGCGCGCCAGACUCAUCAUGGGAGAGUCCCUGGGGGAGGGCGCCUUCGGGAAGGUGGUGCGGGCCGAGGUGCAAGGCGUCAACCGCCCAGAUCUUGCCACCACUGUUGCUGUCAAGAUGCUCAAAGAGGGCCACACUGACUCAGAGCUCAUGGACUUGGUGUCAGAGAUGGAAAUGAUGAAGAUGAUUGGAACGCACAUCAACAUCAUCAACCUGCUCGGCUGCUGCACCCAGGACGGGCCGCUGUACGUGGUGGUGGAGUACGCUGCUCAUGGCAACCUGCGGGACUACCUCAGGAACAACCGGCCGUCCUCAGGCUAUGAGCGUGCCAUCGGACAGGAACUGGACACCAUCACCCAGAAGGACUUGGUCAGCUUUGCCUUCCAGGUCGCCCGUGGCAUGGAGUACCUCACAUCAAAGAAGUGCAUCCACCGAGAUCUGGCUGCACGCAACGUUCUAGUCAGUGAGGACAGGAUCAUGAAGAUUGCCGACUUUGGGCUGGCCCGGGACAUCCACAGCCAGGACUACUACCGCAAGACCAGCGAGGGCCGCCUCCCCGUCAAGUGGAUGGCCCCCGAGGCUCUCUUCCACCGCGUCUACACCUCGCAGUCUGAUGUGUGGGCUUUUGGCAUCCUGCUGUGGGAGAUCAUGACCCUGGGCGGCACUCCCUACCCCGCUGUGCCCUCCGUCGAGAAACUCUUCCAGCUGCUGCGGGAGGGUCACAGGAUGGAGAAGCCCUCAAACUGCUCCCUUGAAAUCUACAUGAUCAUGAGGGAGUGUUGGCGCUACCAGCCCACCCAGCGGCCCACCUUCAAGGAGCUCGUCGAGGACUUUGACCGCAUCCUCACCCUCUCCUCCACAGACGACUACUUGAACCUCUCCCUGCCUCACCUGGACACCCCCCCCAGCAGCUGCGGCUCCUCCCUUGCCUCAGACGCCCUCACCCCACACUGAGCUGCACCUCCCUCGCCACACACAGCAAGGAGGCAUGAAGCAAGGCAGGACAGUGAGCAGUGCAUGUUGCCAGUGAUGUGUACGCAAGGUCACUGUUCUGGCAACACUGCUGACUGAUAACUUGGGGAAGCGCCAUGAAGAGGUUUUCUGAAGUGUGUGAAGUGAGGAAACAUUAGCGUGUCCGUGUGUGUUUGUGUGUGUGACCAAUUUUUCAGCGGCUAACGUGAGUGUGCCUUAUUGUGUUAGGAAGACGAUUGAGAGGGAAAUAUUGGUCAGUGGUCUUUUUUUAUUUCAUUUUAUUUUUUUUAUUUUUUUUAGUGACUAACUCCCAAUGUGCCUUAUUGAGUUAAUGAACACUGGAAGGCAAAUGGUAAAGUCAGUGGAAUGGUUUGAGUUAGUGAACUGUGAAUGGUGGAAAAAAUGAGGCCAAUGGACAAGGCAAACAGACAAUGGAGAUUCAAGAUACUGUACAAAGAUAAAAAUGAAGUGACUAACAAAAGACAUGUGAAGGGCGAGAGUGAAACAUGUGAGGUGAGUCGUUAGCCACCUGUGUGUCGUAAAUACGUGAUUCUAUUUGAAGGGACUUUCAAAAUUGAAGGAUACUUUUUAUUAUUUCGUCUUCGUGGAAAGAUGACUCACAACCUCUGCAUUUUAGUCGAGCAUUGAGCACACGGAGCGGAUCUCUGUCGUGUCGUGCUCAAAAUGUGGACUCUAUAGACUUGCUUGGUGUUGCCUCGGUCUGACUCGCAAAGUGUCAUGCAAAAUACCUGUGCUGUGGGGAAUGUUCGCCAGCCAUAUCCACCUCUCCAAUUAGUACUCACAUUACAGAAAACGGGUGAGUACUAAAUGGAGAGGUGCGUACAAACUGGCGGACACACCUCAUCCUUACGCUUGUCACCUGAAACUUUCUCAUCAAAGGAGCGUCUCAUUUAUUUUUAUUUAUACUUAUGUCCGUGUGAUCCGUAGAUGUGCUAUGGAUACUUACAGAGUAGCGAAAGAUGCGAGAUGUUUAUGUACUUAAUAUGUUAGGGACUUCUUUUUCUAUGUACAAGUUCUCUUUGUAACACUGUCACUGUACCUCGGAGCUGUUGUUGUCGAGCCAGGGUGUGCAUGCCAAUUUGUACGCACAGAUCCAAUUUGUACUCGCAUCAGGGGAAAAAAAAUGACUACGGGAAAUAGUUACGCUGAGGAAAUGAGGUUUGAUAAUCGAGUCUUAUUUUGUCAACGUUUAAUUUUUGUCUCAUCUCAGUUCUCAUGUCAGGUUAACACUUAUAGGAAAUCAAACAACAGUGUAAAAAUAGAUGUUAAAUUUAGGUAUGAAGUUGAUGAUAUUGUCAAAAUGGAGAGUGGUGAGGAUUUUUUUUAUUCUGGUAAUAGUUAUUUUUUUUAUACCUCAACACAAUUCUCUCAAGUAUUUUUUUCCUGAUGCGUGAACUGUUUGGAAUGCCGCGUACAACUGGUGAACACACUCACAGCCUUAGCCAUAGUAUUAGUGCCAUAUUGAGUCUCCUUCUGCCAGCGAACGUCUGCGUCAUGGUGUUGGAGGUGUGUGUGCUGGGGUAAGGUGCCGGGGGGAUAUAGGGUGUGGGGUGUAGCAGCGGCAGCGACAGUAGCAGCAGCAGCAGUUCUCAGGUAGGGGCGUGGCAGACGGGGACACCAGGACCUGCAUUUAUGACCGUACAAGCUUGCCGAACUGACGUAUCUUUGCCAGUUCCUAUUCACCAUUCCAUUUAGUGCCCACAUCGAGAAAUAAACCACUCCGAAAAAUUGAACGGAGGUAUAAAGAUUAUGUAUUGUCAAUGUAAAUAAUGUUCUUGAAUUUUGACGACAAUUGAUAUUUACACUUCAGGACAAUUUUUCUGAGUAGUUGUUAGUUUUCCAGUUUGAGUACUAUUUGGAAUGGUGUUAGAAUUGAUGGAUAUACCCUAGCGUGAUUGUGGGACUUGUUCAGGAAACACACACAGGGUCGAUUCAGCCGUCAGCGUACUUGUGUAAGAUAUUUAUUUAGCGACCUGAGGGAUGAGGACACUUGGAAACCUCAGCCUUGCUCCACGUGGCGGCCUGCCUGCUGAAGCUGAGAGGGAGAUGCACAGUUUGCACACCCUUUGCACAAGGCUUUGAUUAGUGCAUAAAGAUAAGGGAACAGUGAGCCGGCUAGUAAACAUUGGGUAUAUAGGAAAUGGAGCACAAAGCCUAUAUAUUUUUCUUCUUCUUUUCUACUUUACUUUAAUGGACAAAUGAGGAAAGUCUCCUCAUCGCCAGCAGAGCAACUUUUAUUACUACAUUUCCUAAACGUUAAUCCCUGUCGGAGCAAGCUAAGGUGUUUUACCAUAGUCGGAGUUGAUAUUUCUUUUCUUUUCUAAUCUAUGAAUGGUGCAAAUGAGGAAAAUUGAUCCUCAUUGUCAGUGAAAAAAAAACUUGUCACUUUUCCUAAUCAUGAACCCGAGUCAGAACAAGCUAAGGUGUUUUACCAUAAUUGUUAAGAGUCAGCUAUGGUGCUAAUAGUUCUUAGUUACGCUGAAAGACACCGAGAGGCAGCGCGAGGGUGGUGGCAGCAGCGGCUAUGGCAACACACGCCACCUGAACAUCGUGCUCUGUGCCUCGCUAUGUCCCGCAGCACCUGGCUGGCACGAGCUCAUUAGGCGCAGGUGUUAGCAAUGAGCCUCAGCAGGGAAACUCUCUGUAAACCAAAUGCUAUAAAUUCCUUUUUUUGUGUGCAAGGGAGAUGGAUGUAUAAGGUUUUACUGCCAUGUGUUUGCUUCCUCAUGUGUGUGGGAGUUGUGCCUCGGCCCGCAGCGAGGGCGGGGCGAGGGCGGCCAUGUGGGGCGGCCGCCAACAGGUGUAGUGAGAGCAGGUGGCUGGCAGCAGGUGUGUCCCCGGCAAGGCUUGGCGGGGCAGUGUUUGCUGGGCCCCACACGUUCUCAUGUACUAGUCACCCACUGUAACCUGCACCCACCCUGGACACACUGCCUCCCUCCCUCCCUCAUGUACCACCUCCUUCCUUACAAGCUUUAAGUGUCUUUUUUGUCCUCUUGCUUUGAUCACUCUUCCUUUGUUUCUUCUGCACUCAAGCUGUUUCCUGUUUAAUUCUUUUUUUCCUUUUCUCCCCUUCCACCUCCCUUUUUCUUCACUCCAUCUUUUAUCUUUUUUGUACAUAUUUUUCCUUCUUAUUCUCUGUUUUGUUUUCUUUUUGUUCUCUUUCCUUCCCUUCCUUUCCCUAUCCCUUCCCUUCCCUUCCCUCCCCUAUCCCUCACCCUCCAUUCCCUCCCCUCCCCUCCCCUAUCCCUAUCCAUAUCCCUUACCCUCCAUUCCCUUCCCCUUCCCCUCCUCCUCAAGGCAAGUGUGGGCUCCAGGGGGUCAGAGAUUUAGUGCCAAGAGUCUGGUGAUGCCAAAGGCUUAUACACACGUCCUGGUCAGUGUCAGGGCCGUGGCACUGGCACUGACCACCACUAACAUUCUCAAACACGUCUAUACUGUAAGGCAAUGUAAGGUCUUCGAGGGUGUAAGGUGUGUUGGCCAAUGCACAUGAACCAUCCCUGUCAGUACUCAUGAAGGAAAACGCUGGUGAAUUUCGAGUGUUGUUUCGAAAUUAGUAAUGUUUUGAAAGUCUUUUUAUGUUCAUGUUAGAAAAGAAAUGCUGAAUGAAAAGAGAAGUUGCCAAAAGGUAUAUUGUUUUGAUAGUUUUUUAUGAUCGUAGAAAAAAAAGGGAAAGUAUAAGAAAGAUUGUUGAAUAGAAGAAUGUUUUGUCAAUUUUUUUAUACUCAGUAGAAGAAAAAAGUAUACCAAGAGUGAAAUUGUAGAAAGGAGGAUUUUUGUUAGUUUUCUUAUGGUCAUAUCAGAAAAAAAAAGAGGUAAAUUGAGAGUAAAAUUAUCAUAACGUAUAAGGUUUUGUUGGUCUGUUUGUGCUAAUUCAAUUUUUGCAUCUCGGGUUUCAAGAGUAGAUUAUUUUUUUUAGUACGUGGGCUUGACGUGAGUACUGACUGGGCUGCCGCGUACCAAUUUGCCAGCACAGCCUGUCACUGAGUGGUCGUCGCACUUUUCAGACUCCCAUCUUAGUCAUUAACUUUAUGUAUGUACCAUUAUUAUUAUUACUGUCAUUAUAUAUAUUUGUGUGUGUGUGUGUGUGUGUGUAUGUGUGUGUGUAUGUAUGUAUGUGUGUACCUGUGGAUAGUUAGAUGGUGGCUGGAAUAUGAACAUUUCUGUACUACUAUUUAUAAUGUUACACUGAAGAAAACCAUAUUGACAUUUUCUUUCUUACUUACGAUGCAUUUAAAUUCCCAAACAUUACUUGCAAGACUAUUUUUUUCUUCACGACUGUCAACAAUUCUUAAGCUGUUAAAGGAAUUCGUCUCAGUUUUCUUUACCUGAUAGAUGUAUGAAUUUCCUGGUCUGGAAUCAAGGAGCAUUUGGUCAGUUAUAAUUAUGAAGAUCUUUGUUUUGAUUAUCUACUAGUUACAAUAGAAUAGGAUUGGUCUUCAGGGGAUAUAUUGAGCCCGAGUCUAGAUUGGCCGGGAGGUUUCAAGUGAGGGAUAGUAAAUUGAGUGUUGGUCUGCAUUAAAACAAAAUCAAUCAUCUUCCUCUAUUUCUUGCAUUGCUAAGUGAAGUAAACCAUGCAGUGUUGGUCUACAUUAAAACAAAAUCAAUCAUCUUCCUCUAUUUCUUGCAUUGUUAAGUGAAGUAAAACCAGUGUUGGUCUACAUCAAAACAAAAUCAAUCAUCUUCCUCUGUUUCUUGCAUUGUUAAGUGAAGUAAAACCAGUGUUGGUCUGCAUUAAAACAAAAUCAAUCAUCCCUUUUUUCUUGCAUUGCUAAGUGAAAUAAUACAAAAUCGCUGAGUGAGGAAUACUAGUAAUGUCUAAAUAGUAUAAUUAUAUCUCAGAAAAUCAGUGUUGGUAUAUUUAAAGAACAAAACCAUCAUAUAAUCCUCUUUUUCUUGCAUUCAUCAGCAAUUAUGGAGAAAAAAUUGUGUGUUCUAUCUAAAAUGUAUCUCAGAAAACCAGUGUUCGUAUAUUUAAAGAACAAAAUCACUAUAUAUCACAAAUAGGGAGAAGAAACUUUGUGUUGAAUGCUUAUAUACCAUCAAUGUAUCACUGUAAAACUACCUAUAUAUAAAUCAGUGUUCUGGUAUUUCUUGCAUUGCUCAGUGAAAGGAUUGCAAGAAGCUGCGUUGAAAUAAAAUUAAGCCAGUCCGCUCCAUCGCUAAGUGACUCAUGAGGGGAAGGGUGAAGGGAGGAGACUCACCAUAGCUGUACUGGUUGGCGGCCCAGUGGUAGACUGACCUAGAGAUGGUGGCUUUAGUUUAUAACAUAUUCUUUACAUGUGAACCAAUGCAUGUAGCAAUACACAGAAUAAAUAUUUGUUGUCUUAU